GCCUGAUUCGCCCACGAAACUGAGCGAGCGGAGGGAGAAGCUGCCUAGUCUGGUCUUAGAGUAGCAGCUGUGUCAGGCUGCCUAGUCAGUAACCCCCUGGACUCGAGAGCAAGCAUGUCUGACCCCGCGGUCUGCAGCUUCAUUACCAAGGUCCUGUGUUCUAACGGGGGGCUGCUGGAGUACAGCAAGAUCCCCCAGCACGUGGGGCUCUCCGAGCAGCAGCUGGAGCAGAUCCUGCAGGAUGUGGGGCACGGGAGGUUUCUGGUGCACAAGGAGGGGGGCUCCCGCUGGGUGCUGGCUGUGUCCCCGCUGCGGCUCUGCGUCCGCAAGGAGUGUGAGGGCUGCGAUCGCCUCCACUUCUGCAAGCUCAACCUCAUGGGCAAGUGCAACUUUGGAGUCCGGGCAUGUAAAUACUCCCAUGAUAUCUUCACGGAUGAAAACCGAAAAGUGCUGAAGACCCAUGAAGUCAGUGGCCUCAACGAGAAUGAGCUGCGGGUCCUGCUCCUCCAGAAUGACCCUUUCCUCCUGCCUGAUGUCUGCCAAUACUAUAACAAAGGUAGAGGACCGCAUGGGACUUGCAGCCAGGAAGACAAUUGCAACAAACUUCAUGUUUGCCGACAUUUCCUCCGAGGAGAGUGUAGGUUUUCUAAGUGCAACAGAUCCCACAGGAUUCUGGACAGCAAUGUGCUGAGGUUGCUGCUAGCAGAAGGAUUAAAUAUUAUCAUCGCGAAGAACAUCCAGGUCAUCUGUGAUCAGAAGCAUACUGAGUUCAGCAAGGUGGUGGGCCAGACGAAAAUAUCUCCCCCACACAACAGAGCUACACCAGUUGGAGAUAAAAAGAAAGUAAGUGCUGGGAAUGAAGAAGACAUUGGACCUAGGCCCACUUCCACUACACCAGCAACUAAAUCAUGUGAGUUUACCUCUAAAGGUGUCAAAGCUGUUCCUUCUUCUAACAUUUCUGGGAGCAGUGAAAUUAAAAAAUGUGAUGAGAUAUGCCUGUACUAUAUCUGGAGGUAUUGCAAACAUAAAGAUGACUGCAGGAUGAUUCAUUAUCAUCUGCCUUAUCGAUGGCAGAGGUUUGAUGGAGUCAAUUGGCUUGAUCUUCCCAGAAUGGAGGUAGUCGAAAAGGCCUAUUGUGACCCCCAAAACGACAGCUUAGCAGAUCAGAACUUCAAUUUCAAGUCAAUUACCUCUUCUUCUGCUUUGCUUCGACGCCUCUCCACACCAUCAUCGGUUACAAAACCCCCCAAAUUCAUAAUGACAACAAAAUGGAUUUGGUAUUGGAAAAAUGAUCUCGGCCAGUGGAUUGAAUAUGGGAAACAGGAUGGACUGCAAGGAGCUUCUGCGCUAACUUCUGAUGUUUUGGAGAAUUUAUUUCUGGCAAAUCCAAAUGACACCCUACCAUUUCAGGCUGGUUCCCAACAAUAUGAGAUCAAUUUUAAAGAAAUGGUCCAGAAAAACAUCCGCUAUCAAACUCAAAGAGAAGUCCGCAGGCGACCAGAGUUUGUGUCCUCAGAAGAUGUGAAAAAGAUGAAGAAAGGCCAAAGAGUGACUGAUACUCCAGAUCAAAACUAUCCUAGAAACUGGGACAAAUCAGCGCUGCCUGACAUGGGGUACAAGUACUAAUCCUCCUCUUUCACUGUUUCAUGGCUGGCUGGGAUUCUACAUGCCUCUGUGGUGGCCUUCACAACAUCUGACAUCUCAGCCUUGAUGAAUUUCCUACACUUCAGACAUUGGCCUUGCAAACUGUUCUGGAAAAUCUUGCUACACUGGAAAGGAUCACUUAUGAGAUACUCUCCCUGCCCUUCCCCCGUCCCAAAAAAAGUCUUCCCUGUUUAGUGUAAAGUCUUCUAUUUUCUUCCUCCUUCCCUACACAUAAUAUUGGAGAUUGCAGUAUUUAUUCUGUGAAGCAUUUUGAGACAUGAAAGAUCCUAUGCAAAGUAAAAGUUUAUAUGUCUAUAAUCUAUAUCGUUAGAUAUUGAUAGCUUGUUAGGAUUAGUAAAUCGGGUGUUGUGAAUCCCCCCCCCUUUUUUUUAAACUUCGUGUAAUGGUGGCAAAAUGGAAUUGGUAGCUGAAGAGAAAGAAAUGGCAAAAAAAAAUUAGUUGCGAUGUUGUCGUAAAAUGUAUGAAUAUAAAAUUUGUGUUGGAGAAUGAGCAGGCUGACCCAGAGGCGGAUUGAGUAGAUGGGCUUCUUUAUUGUGGUACUUGUUCCCCUCGACCCAAUUGUUGAGGAAGCCCUGAAUUAGUUACAACACUUUUUUUUUCUUUUCUUUUUUUUUAUUUAAGUUAGUAUGUAAAUAUUUACAUUUACUACAAUACCCCCAAAACCCUUACUGAGUAAUAUUAAUGCCCAUACAAUGAAUAUUAAUAGCUAUAUACUGAAUAUAAUUAUCCCCGACCCUGUACUGUUUACAUCAUUAGGAUAUUUUACAAAUAAUUUUAUCUUGAAGAUACAUUUCUUUGCAGUAAUUGCAGCCACAACUUCCCUUGAUUAGCAGUUUGCAGGGAAGGGAGGAAGGGGCCAUGACCCUGAGCUCAUUUAUGUAGCUGGGAAAGGAAGGGAGGGGGAGAGAACACUGCUUUACACAAAGAGUAUCCUUUAGAUCCCCACAUUCCUUAUGCAGCUGCAACGCUUAUUAAUCCUUAACCAGGAGAUGGGAAGGGAGAGAGGUAGCACUUUAUUAAGCACAGAAGCGUGCCGACCCGUGCUUCUACUCCCUAAUACCAUGUCUGCACACCAGCGGUUUCCCAGGUCUCUCUUUAACCCUUAUAUAUCCCAACACUUUGUAGUCUAUAUUCUAGCAUGCUAUCCUUUUAACAUAUGGAAAUAUAUGUUAGGAUCAGAGCAUUUAGUGACGCUUCCCAGGGUUGUGAGGCACCUUAAUACCACCUGCCCUUGGCAUAAGGCAGCCUUGUCCAUGCCUGCUGUGAAUCAGCUCCUUGAAUCCACCAGCUUCUGGCAACAUGAAGCCUUCCAAGCCCCUCUCACUCUCUCUGUAUAGAUUAGCGAUAAGUGCACACCAACCUCUCGAGUCCUCCAAGCACCCCUCUCUUGAGUGUCCAGGCCCUGGUCCACUCAACACUCACAGAACUAUCAGAUUCUAAAGGAACAAGAGACACAUCUGACAAGUUUUAACUCAGGAUCAUCACUCUGUUUAUAAGACAGCAGUCAGAGAUAGUUAUAGUGAAAACAAGAAUAAGUUUAUUCUCAAAUAACAGAGAUUCAAAUAUAGUAAGAAAGAAUAACAGAAAUAAAUGGUUACAUAUAAAACAAAUAACAUGCUUGCUAAAGCCUAAACUUUUUCCCUGUUUCCUAUAGCUUAGCUUACCCCAAAUCCUUUUUGUAGCAUUUUCAACCAGGACUGUUCAGAUCUUCCUUUCAGAAGAUCAAGCCCACUGGCAGCUUGUCUUUCCAGAUUGAAGGAUGCCAGGUAUACAUCCGUACCCACAGUGAUAUUCCCAAAAGUUCAUUGUCUUUACUUUUAAACAGGAUAAUCCCUGCUGUCUUUGCUUUUUUCUUGCAGCACUUGCAAUCUGUUCAUUAGCAUUUGGCUCCUUAUGCAAAUAGACUUCCAUUGUAAGAUGCACAAUACACAGUGGUCAACCAGGGAGAUAAAUGUCUCCCACUUCUGUUUGGAGAAAUCUGUCUCCAUUGCACACUACCUUGGCCUUUAACUGCAAAGCCUGAGGAAGAUAACAUAACAUGACACCUUUCUGGUGAACCUAGGGGAUCCCUGUAACCUUAUGUACUGCUGUGACCUCUGCCAGUUGGCAUCAAGAGGUCUUUGGUCGCUCUCCUCUCAAUUCUGUGUCUCUGUUAGGUCUGUGGACUCUUGUCAUGCCAGAGAGAAGUUACUGAGCUAUGAGAUGAAAGCGUUUCUGGGAGUCCAAAGAUCUAAUUUUGCCACUGAUCUUGUGACUUUGGACAAGUUGCUUAACCUCUCUGCCUCAGUUACUCCCAUCUCUAAUAUGGGGAUAGUAAUGCUUAUAAGUGCAAAACUAUGGUGAUACCACAGAACAUGCUAGCCUAUAAUUUUAGAUGUGGUGGUAUUCUGCCAGCCUGAGAUUUGGUUUUAUUUUUGCUUGAACCACUCCAGUGAAAUGGGAAUGAUACUAUAAAAUCCAGGAGAAAUGAGAGCCAGUGUGUCUGCUGCUUGGCAAUCAAUGCAUUUGUUUUUUCUGGAUAUGGGUGAGUUAGGAUUUGCCACCCGAUAUUUUCUGUAAGAUCAUAACACUUUCCUGACAGCACUCACCCUGCUCUCUGGCAAGUGGUAUGUGUGUGUGGGUAAGAGAGGGAAGGAGGCAGGGGAAGCAGGUACACAGCUUGCAGGCAGUGCCAGGAGCUCCGCGGCUGAGCUGUGCCAGUGUUGUUCAGGGCCAGCUGGGCUCAGACCAACCUUCCCCACCUCCAGCCAUGUGUGCCCAGGAAGUGGGGAACUUGUAGCAGCUUCAGCAGCUCCAUUGCUCAGGUCCAGGCUGUGCAGACACCACUCCAUGUGCUUUAGCUGUUUCUCUCCCAGAUAUCCCUGGUCUCUGCUGUUAUCCAGAUCUAGCUGAGAGUUCCAUUCUCUUACUUCUAAGGCAGAGCGCACUGGGCAAGUGAACCACCCAAAACAGCAAGUGGUGCAUGGAUUGGGGAGAUGCCAGAAAAGCCUGGGAUGGUAGCAUUAUGGCGGGGGAAAGAGGCUUUCUGGGUGAUAUUGAGGCUAAGGAAGAGGUGGGAAUUCUUUCAUGGAAUGAGCAGUAUGGAAAAUGCUGUUUGAAUGACCACAAAAAUGCUUUUAUUCUCGUACAUGAACAAAAUGAAUAAUUUCGGUUGUCUGGUGCCAGAAUACAGUGACACAAUUCACAUUGCUGCACAGUCCAGCACUUCUCUUGUCACAAAAUAUGGAUCUACUGUGAUGUGAAAUACACUGGGCUCAGCCUAGGGGAAGUUCUAAUUCGUUAAGUGUGUUUUGUGUGCUCUUGAUGAGUUUAUUGUGAAGCGGCUUUGUAAAGUGUUUUUUGCAUAAAAGAAACGUGAGUUGCAAUUUUCACACUGGUAGGCUUUUUAAUAAAUCUAAAGAAAUAAUUCUUGCCACUGCAGCUUGGAUCAUUCUAAAAUCCCAUGAACCGAUUUAAAAGAUUUGUCCAUUCAGAGGUUGUCUAAUAUAUAAAUAUCUAGUAAACAAAAGUAAACUGGAUACAGAUCUGAUUGUGCUACAUCUAAAUCCUACUUAACUUACAAAAUCACUGAUGUGCUUGAAUUUUCAUUUCUGAUUAUAACUGAGCUGACAAAGCUGUUGCUUUCACCAUGCCUCCCAGAGCAGCCACUGCUCCCUGUUUUAAGAUGCACCGUUGAGAUGUUGGAAUUGGGGCCUUUCACUUCAAGUUUUGAUUUCAUAUUUGCCCUAGGAAGGAGUGACUGAAAAAUUGUUACCAACUGAUGUCUGUCUGGUAGCCCUGUAUUACCGGAGUUGGUAGUCUCAGCCUAGUCUAUAGUUGACAGGUCACCAUCUCAACAGAUGAAGUAUGAAACGUAUACAAACACUUGAAUUCAUCUCUCCUCUGUCUCAGAGGUCCUUCAGAGAGGUACACUGCACAGAACAGAAUGUGGGAGCUCACAUAGCAACUAUCUGGGCUGUUCCUGUUCCGUUAGUGAAUAGGAUUUCAAGCCCUACAUACACUCAAAAGAUCUACCUUUGGUCUCACUGGCUCUGCCUAUGAAAGUGUGGUCACCCCUUACACCCAGUUGAAAUUUUCUGUAAUCUUUGGCUGUGGUUUGGUAUUUUUAUAGGCAGUGGAGAUCACUAAUCCAUCCUCUGAAUACACUGAAAUUGAGACCCUAUUUAAAAGGACAAUGAACAAUUAUGUUAUCCAGAGAAUAAGGAGGAUUCAGAACCCAUCCCUUUGGAAAGUCUUUCAGUGG